AAGCAGCCUCGGAACGUCGGGUCGGUGAUCAGGCGACACUCGAUUUUUGCCAAGAAGCCAUGAAGAAGACCGAAGAUUUGGCGAAUGAUGAUAUCAUCGAGAAAUGCUUGGAGGCGAAGGGAGGAAAGCCUGGAAAGCUCGUGCAGAUUCCAGAGGGCCAAGUGAAGAGCCUUUGUACCGCGGCUCGAACCAUCUUUCUGGACCAGAGUCCUUUGUUGGAGCUCGAGGCGCCAUUGAAAAUCUGCGGCGACGUGCACGGUCAGUACCACGACCUCCUGCGGCUUUUUGAGUAUGGUGGUUUUCCUCCGGAGAGCAACUACCUCUUUCUAGGCGACUAUGUGGACCGUGGCAAGCAGAGCUUGGAAACCAUCACCCUGCUUUUCGCCUACAAGGUGAAGUUUCCUGAGAACUUUUUCUUGUUGCGCGGCAAUCAUGAGUGUGCAUCCAUUACUCGCAUCUACGGCUUCUAUGAUGAAUGCAAGCGCCGCUACAACAUCAAAUUGUGGAAGCAGUUCUGUGAUGUGUUCAAUUGUAUGCCAGUGUGUGCUAUCAUUGACGAGAAGAUCAUUUGUAUGCACGGAGGCCUUUCGCCGGAGAUAACCACCUUCGAGCAGGUGAAGCGCAUUGUGCGCCCCACAGACGUGCCUGAUACCGGAUUGAUUUGUGAUUUCCUGUGGGCCGAUCCAGACAAGGAGAUCACUGGGUGGGCCGAGAAUGAUCGUGGAGUGUCCUUCAUUUUUGGCCCCGACGUAGUAAGCACCUUCUUGCAGAAACAUGACAUGGAUUUGGUGUGCCGGGCGCACCAAGUUGUGGAGGAUGGCUACGAAUUCUUUGCCAAGCGCCAGCUGAUCACUUUGUUCAGUGCUCCGAACUAUUGUGGGGAGUUUGACAACGCGGGCGCCAUGAUGUCUAUUGAUGACACAUUGAUGUGCAGCUUCAAGGUGCUGAAGCCAGUGAAGAAGAAAUAAGGGACAACUUCGGCCAGCCUUGGACGACGUCUCACACCAAUUCGUCGCAAUAAAAAAGGCCUGCUGUCCUCUUCGGACGUAUCC